UGUACUGUGGGAGGGGAGAUGGCAGGGGCACACACACUGGGCGCUGUUCUCGCAGUAUUGUGCAUAUCGGCCCCAGAGCACACUGGGUGAUGUGAUGAAAUGUGAUAGCAGGCAGGCAGGCAGCAGCGCGCAUUCUGCUCUAAAGUUCACGUCACUUGGAGAAUUACUGAGGACUUACCAGGGGCUGCAGCCUGACAACAACAAGUAUUGUAGAUAAUGGAUUCCUGCACAAUUCUAUUUGGCAUAAUUGCCUUUCUCACAGCAACGUUGUACAUCGCCUAUAAAAGAAACCGUGGCAUGACAAAGAUUUACAUGCAUGAGAUAUGGCAAGCAAUCAAAAAUGUAUUACUGUGUCAGUCAAAGGAACAGCGGAUUUUGGAGUUUGUGCAGAAGAAUGCCGUACGCGGGGACCCUCAGAGCGUUGUUGAUAAUAUUGACAAAUAUUGCAACCAGAGGGAAUGGGCCAUGAACGUUGGAGAUCAAAAGGGCUUGAUCCUUGAUAAAAUAGUGAAGGAGACUAAUCCAUCUGUCCUGCUGGAGCUAGGCACGUACUGUGGGUAUUCAGCUGUCCGGAUAGGUCGGUUGUUAAAGCCUGGUGCCCGUUUCUAUACUUUGGAAAUUAAUCCAACCUUUGCUGCAAUAGCUAAGCAGAUGAUUGAAUUUGCUGAGCUUAAGGACAAGGUGCAUAUACUGGAAGGUCCUACAUAUGAUAUUAUUCCUCAACUGAAAAAGAAAUAUGAAGUGGAUACUCUAGAUUUUGUGUUUAUUGAUCACUGGAAGGACAAAUACAAACCAGAUACCCAGCUUCUGGAAAAAUGUAACUUACUGAGAAAAGGUUCUGUCAUACUGGCUGACAAUGUCAUUAUUCCCGGAGCUCCAGAUUUUGUUGAAUAUGUUAGAAACUGUGGCCGAUAUGAUUGUACCAAUUAUCCGUCAAUGUUAGAGUAUAUGAAUGAAGAGGAUGCACUAGAAAAGGCUGUGUUCAGAGGCUAGAAGUCAUUUUAAUCAUGUUAACACACUGUUCUAUUACUGACAAUUAGAUUGCAGCCAUGACUAUUACAGUGGCUGUUAGUUAAUGUGUAAAUUGGCCGCUUUCUACUCACACUGUUCAUUUCUCAAAUUCUCAUGUAACAGAGAUACAGGAAAUGGAAAGUCUGUAUAAACAGGAAUAUAACCCAUAGUUAACCCGUAUUAAAGGGGUGCUUCAAAUAAAACUUACCCUGUUUAUUUAUUUAUUAUUUUUUUUUUUUU